AUGCAUGUAGCGGGCAAAAAACAUCUUAACAAACUUCGUGGGGCAUCGACUACUCAGUACUGCUCCGUCUGCAAAGUGUAUGCGGGUGUACAUUGGGAAAUGCAUAUCAACGGGCGCAAGCACAUCCGUAAAGCCGCUGGAGACCCAUCGGCCAAUGUACCCGCGGCCCCCGAGUCAAUCCCUGGGAUCACUUACUGUGCUUUGUGCAAUGUCGUGGUUAUCGCCUCGCAUUGGUCUGGUCAUCUCAAUGGAUCCGUGCAUCGCAAGAAGACCAUUUAUUCAAGGUUCAAGCAAAAUCUCGACGACGCCGAGAAGGACAAGCAUGGGGUUACAGUGUCGGAGGAGCUCGACUUCGGCGUUGUAGAGCUCGAAGACGCAGCUCAAGGGGUGUCUAAGACUCUUUACGUCCAAACCGACGUCCCGUCGUCUCGCAUUUCGAUAUCGGAAGUCAAGAUGCUCCUAGUGCCUAGGAAUUCGCCCUCGUCGUUCUGUGUCUCUGACUACAACACUGGAGUACCGUACGGCAAACGCAAUCCCAUCAUCGUCACAUUUCGCCAAAGCUUCGCAGGCCAUGCUAUCGACCGUGUUCAGUUCACAUUAAAAGACCACAAACUCGAUCAGGAGUUUGCCAUCGUGCGCUCCUUGCGUGCUGUGUCUGGCAGCAAGGAGGAUUACGAGCGGUUCAAGCCCAAGACGCCAUAUGUUUCCCGCCCCAAGACGAAGCGCCGUGAGGAGAAGGACGUCGUUGCCGGAGAAUUCCCGCAGUCGACCAAGGCUAUCCCGUACAUCGUCGCUCUUCCCAAGGCGCCGAUCCCGGAACGCUUGAUGGCUGUUCUCUCACAGGGUUCAACUCAGCAUAUCGUGCAGCAGUUGAGGAAUAGUUUCUUGCCGCCGAGCUUUACGAAGGAGACGUACGGUCGUCAAUUCAAGACGUUAGUUUGGGCCGAGGAAUUCAGGAUGGAGCGGGACCUUGAGCACUAUGAUAUCGCCGACGCGAAGCUUCGUGCACAUUCAUCCUUCAAUAUCAACUUGGACGUUCCGGGGCUCGCUGAGAAGAGGCCUAGUGUUUUAGUUGGGGACCGUAUCCUCGUCCAUCGACACGGGGACCCUGAUGGGAAGUGGUACGAAGGCGGUGUUCACGUUGUCCACAAGGAGGAGGUCGGCUUGAAAUUUGGUGCUGAUUUCAAGCGCACAUGGACUGUUGCGCAGCCGUAUGUUGUCCGUUUCAAGCUCAACCGAUACCCCGUUCGGCGCCAACACCAGGCACUGGACACAGCAUUCGCCGUCGACAGGCUGCUCUUCCCGGUCCUAGAUCACGUCUUGCCUUUCAAUCCGGGCCGUGCUUUCAGACCAUUCAACCCUUUGAUUGCCCGAAACCCACCUCAGCUGUUGGCGGUCACGUCUAUUCUCCGCCAGCCGCCUGGUUCCUCUCCAUUCGUCAUAUUUGGUCCUCCUGGGACGGGAAAGACCAUUACCGCUAUUGAGACAAUACGACAAAUUCUCGCUUUCAAUCCCAAUGCUCGCAUUCUCGCCACGGCCCCGAGCAACUCCGCAGCGGAUCUUAUUGCACUCAGGCUUGCGCCUUACAUGACCGCUAACGAGCUCUUCCGCCUCUACGCGCCCUCUCGGUACAAGAACCAGACGCCGGACGAGCUCGAGGCAUACACUUACAUGACCCGCGGCCAUUACUCCACACCUCCCCUGGAGCGCUUCAGCAAUUUCCGAGUGAUUGUCUCGACGUGUGUCUCCGCGUCUAUCCCUUACGGCAUCGGCAUUCAGCGUGGGCACUUUUCCCACAUCUUCGUAGAUGAGGCAGGGCAGGCGACGGAACCGGAGGUGAUGAUAUCCAUAAAGACGAUCGCGGACAACGCAACCAACGUCGUGCUCUCGGGUGACCCGAAGCAGUUAGGGCCAAUUAUUCGCUCUGGAGUCGCGCGUGAGCUGGGGCUCGAGAAGAGCUUCAUGGAGAGGUUGAUGGAGAGAGAUGUGUUCAUGGCGACAUCCGGUGUCAGCCCGAAUCGGAGCUCUGUCAAGCUCACCAAGAACUUCCGCUCGAACCCUGCCAUCCUACGCUUCCCCAAUGAGCGGUUCUACUCGAACGACCUUGAAGCGUGCGGCGACCCCGGCGUUAUCAAUGCAUACUUGGGGUACUCGGAAUUGCCAUCGAAGACCUUCCCAAUCAUAUUCCAUGCGGUGACAGGGAAGGAUGACCGCGAGGCGACAUCGCCUUCGUACUGUAACAUUGAUGAGGUGACGCAGGUGAAGAAGUGGGUAGAAAAGCUGAAGGGGGCGCGAAGGGGAUAUAACUCUACGGACAGCGAUAUUGGUGUUAUUACCCCCUAUCAUCUUCAAUGUUUGAAGAUUCGUGCUUCUCUCCGGGCUGUAGCAGACGGCAUCAAAGUCGGUAGUGUUGAAGAGUUUCAGGGCCAGGAACGCAAGGUGAUUAUCUUGUCAACCGUUCGCAGCAGCCGCGAUUUGGUCGAGUACGAUCUCAGGCACACCCUCGGUUUCGUGGCAAACCCACGUCGCUUCAAUGUUGCCAUUACCCGAGCCAAAGCCCUCCUGAUCGUCAUCGGCGAUCCCAACGUCCUCUCUUUGGACCCUUUAUGGCGCUCAUUCAUGAAUUACAUCCACUUGAACAACGGCUGGAUGGGCCCCCAACCCGAAUGGGACACUCGCAUCGAAGUGGAUGAAUCGGGAGGCUAUGACGCUAUUAUUCGCGAGGCCGCUUUGGUGGACAUGAAUGAGUUUAGCCGUCGCAUGGAGCAGUUGACGCUGGCUACUGUACACUCUCAGGGCUACGAUGGCCUGAUAGAAGAGUCCGAGGCCAACGUGGACCGCCCAUGGAGAGAUGUAGAAUAAAGGAUUGGUCGAGUGGACCUGUUGAAUAUGAAUGCCCCCGCUCACUGUAAAAGUAAAGUUUUCCUCACCAGAUUGUACAUAGAACGAAAUGCAACUCC